UUCACGGAUACGGUUUCGAAUGUAAAAUAUAAUCAUUGCACGUCGGUGAUACGGCUGGACGGAGGCGUUAUGCCACGUUCCGAUAUAGUUGUUAAGUUUUAUUAAUUUAAAAUAUAAUUUUAUUUAAUAAAAAAAAGUAUGACUAUGGUACGUGGAAUGAAAGUUCUCGCGAGUUUUUGGUUCGAUGUUCUCUUUCGUAUUGUUCUGGCAGUAUUAUUUGUGAAGCUGGAAACUGCUGAGCCAUUUAACAGAAAAAUUCACGAGAAUGAAUUGUGGCUAUACAGAAACCCAAUGAUGGAAUCAUACGUUCCAACAACCAUUUUAUGGCCACUCGUAUUUAUCACACCUGCCGUAGUCAUAUUCAUAACUUUCCUUAUUAACAAAGAUCGGACAGAUUUUUGCCAAGCCAAUCUCAGCGUAAGUUUAGCAUUGGGAUUAAAUGGUGUUCUUACAGACAUAAUCAAACUUAUUGUAGGAAGACCAAGACCAGAUUUCUAUUGGCGAUGUUUUCCUGAUGGCCGAGGAAACACAGCAUUUGAUUGCACCGGCGAUCCCAACAUCAUAAGAGACGGAAGGAAAUCGUUUCCCAGUGGACAUUCUUCUUUUGCCUUUGCGAGUUUUGGUUUUGUCGCACUGUACUCAGCUGGAAAAUUACACACAUUUGGCAUAGCGGGUAAAACGCAAACAUGGAAACUGUUUAUAUUUAUAUGCACAAUGAGCACAGCACUUGCGAUUGCUCUGAGUCGAACGUGUGAUUACCAUCAUCAUUGGCAAGACGUGGCCGUUGGAUCAGCAAUUGGAAUAUCAAUAACUUAUCUCUGCUACAGGCAUUAUUAUCCACCACUGGAUUCUCAAUUUUGUCACAAGCCGUACACCACCGUUUUACGGCAAAUUCAAUCGGACAGAGAAAAAAAACCCAUCCGCGAAAAAGAUGACCAAAUAAAGUGGAUCUGAACGAAUCUUGUCAAUUAGCCGUCAAUAUGUACACAUCAUUCCAAUAAAUAAUAUAUCAUUUUUUAAAUAA